AUGCCACUCCGCUUGCACCAACGCGGCGAUGGUCAGAAGUUGGAAAGCAUCUUGCCGCAACCGACUGCUGGAUCCAGGGUUCCAUGGGAGGAGAGGUUUCUGGAGACAGAUGGCUGGGAAGGCUACGACGACGUGGCCGCAAACGACUCGGACCCGAAGUGGUGGCAUGUACCCGACGAGAAGAUCGCCGAACUCAUUCGGCAGGGACGCACCCGAGAGUUCCGACGCCGAUCGAGAGAAGAACCCACAGAGGCUCCGCCUGCACUCGCACUUCAUUCCCCGAGUCAGGAACCGGCCGAGCCCGCCGAGGCAGGUCAUGAGGCGACCAAGGAGACAGAAGAAGACUCAAAGGCCGCAUCCAAACCUUGGAAGGUCUCGGACGAUGCGAUACUGAGACUUAUCCAAGACACGGAAGUGAGGCACUCAUCGGCUCUCUCGAUGACUGGGGCGGAGCUGCUGAGUAUGCCGUCUGUCGAGCAAGUGCGCAAGCCUGUGCCAAAGCCGCGUGUUGUCGGCAUUCGGGUGGCAUGGGUCGGAACCGGCGAAACGAUUGCUUUGCAUGUGCCGCUGGACCUGCCGAUCGACCCGCAGCCAGCCGAUCCAGGGCACGAAGAGUCCGUGGAGCUUUCGCGAACUCGGAAGCCUGGCGCCAGCCGGGCCACCAGGGCCAGCCUGGCGCUUCAGCGGCUCCUUCCCGAAGCCAGCGCAGCCAGCGCAGCGAGCGCGGCGAGCGCAGCGAAGGGGGGAAGCUUUGAGCCAGCCUGGCAACGGCGGGGCAGAUCACAGACCUCACUGAAAGGGAUGAUCGAGUCCAUCACAGGCAUUCCGCCCUCUCUCCAGAGGCUGGUUCAUGACAAGCACCUUUGCAGAGCCGGCGCCACUUUGAAGGAGAUUGGUGUGGCGGACGGUGAUCAGAUCACCUUGGUAGUAGUCCCGCGGCUUCCCAACCAUGCCGAGUCGGAGGAGCUUGCACACCGAGGUGACUUUAGCAGAGGUGUCGUCAAAAGAAGGGCGGGUCGAAACUUCCAGGUGGUUCAUCCAUGGAGGUGGGGUCAGGAUGCGAGGCCCAGCAAGGAGCCAAGUGGAUUUGUUUCGAGCGACAUUCAUCUUUCCAACGCGGGCGACAAGACCUUGUUCAAGCUCCGGGAAAAACUCGGAAUGUUUAGCUUCAGGGGUGUGGACAACACCAUCCGAAUCCUUUCUCUGGAGCGAGAGAGGCCGCUGAAGCAGCUGAGUGCCCAGGCCCUGCAGUCACCUGCGGAAAGCGUUUGCCUCCUGGAAAUGAAGAACCUGGGACAGGCAGAGGAUGUCCACAGCCUGUUCCUGAGUAUUGGUUUGAGCAGCGGCAUCCUUAUCCGCUCGGUGGUCGACUUUGUCACGGGUACGUUGAGUGAUCAGCGCUCCCGAUUUCUGGGCGCCAAAGCGGUGCGACUUCACAAGGUCUCCGUCCAGGGAAUGCCGUCAAUGCUUGCUUUAAGCACGAAGCCUUGGCUCUCGUACAACUUCCAGGGCAAAAAUCACUGUACUCCGAUGAGCUACGAGCAGUUGGAGUUCGCCUCGUCAUUCGCAUCCGAACAGUGCCCGGAAGGUUUUGUGGCGAUCUCCGGCAACACGUUGCGCAUUCUCGCGUGCGAGAGAUUGGGAGAGCUGUUCAACCAGACGGUCAUGAACUUGUCCUACACUCCUCGGCGCUUUGUGCCGCUCCCUCCCGCGGUUCUGCCGCCGCCUGGCCAGCCGACCACGGAUCCGAUCAUGUUGGCCAUUCUGGAGGCGGAUCACAACGCAUACAACGAGGAGACGAAGCGUGAGAUCCGGGCCGCGCUGAAGAAGAUUCGCCUGACCAAGACAGUCGAUGACGAGCUGGACGAUGUCAAGGACGAGGAUGACGAGGAGGAUCUCCCCGAACAGCAGGUCGGAACCUUCAAAGCUGGCGAAGGGAAGUGGGGAUCCUGUGUGCGUAUCGUGAAUCCGUCAAACUUGCUCCCUGUUUUCAAGCUGGACUUGGACAUCGAUGAGGCUGCGCUGUGCCUGACAGUUUGCUACUUCUCCCAGCUUGCAAACCAGCCUUGUCUCGUCGUCGGCACCGUUUACAACAUGACGUUGUACCCGAGACAUGCACCCAAAGCGACCAUCAAGACGUACAUGUACGACGAGAGAUACCAUUUGCAGCUCAUUCACUCUACGCCGCUUGAUGAUGUCCCGCUCUGCCUCUUCCCCUUCGAAGGCCGGCUGCUGGCCAGCGUUGGCAAGAACCUGCGCAUCUACGAGCUCGGCAAGCGAAAGCUGUUGCGGAAGUGCGAGUACAAGAACAUCCCCGAGGGCCUGAUGUGGAUGCACGUGAAGGGUGACAAGAUUUUCACAGCCGACCUUCGCGAGUCCUUCCACAUCUUCAAGUAUCGUCGUUCCGACAAUCAGCUUUUCGUGCUUUCGGAUGAUCAAGCUCCAAGAUGGACGACUUGUGCGACCGUCCUGGACAGCAUGACCAUGGCAGGUGCGGACAAGUUUGACAACUUCUUCAUUAGCAGAAUACCAGACGAGGCCCGCGACGAUGAAGGUGGUGAUCACACCGGCCUGCGGUUGAAGGCCGACACUGCCUACCUCACCGGUGCCACGCCGAAGCUGGAUAGCAUCGUGCAGUUCCAUGUUGGUGACACGGUCACGGCGCUGGAGAAGACGACCUUGGCACAGGGAGGAAGCGAGCUGAUCUGCUACUCCACCCUCUUAGGCGCUAUUGGAGCCUUCUAUCCUUUCGCAGGGAAGGAUGAGUUGGACUUCUUCCAGCACUUGGAAAUGUUCGUGCGGGCGGAGAAGCCUCCGUUGUGUGGCAGGGAUCACAUAAUGUACCGAUCCUACCACUUCCCGGUGCAGAGCUGCGUUGACGGCGACCUCUGUGAGCAGUUCAUGACCCUCACCGCCGAGAAGCAAAGGCUAAUUGCAAGUGAGUUGGACCGCACGCCAGCAGAGAUUAUCAAGAAGUUGGAGGAUAUGCGAAACCGGCUGAUCUGA